AUGGUUCCAAAAAAGAUGAUAACAAGUCUUCUGCUCCUCUACAUAACAGCCAUGAUGGUUAAAGAGAGUGAAGGGUACCUUGCCUUCUAUAGUCGUGAGGAUUUCAGAAGAAUGCAGGAGAAAGAAAAGAAUCAAGCACAGAAGAAAUUGCUUGACACAAGAGAUAUUGUUGAAGUUGCAGAAGAUGAAGGGCAAGUAAUCAAGAUGAUUGCUCCAAUAGAAAUUGGAAUACAUCUGAGCUUCAAACAGUUGGAAAAAUACCAAGAUGUCUUGAAGGAGCUCCUGACAGAGGUGUCAGAUACUAAGAAUGGCACUACAGAAAUCUUAAAAUUGGCUUUUCUCUCUCCUUGGAAGUUAUCUAAGUCCUAA